ACCAACUUAAUUGAUACUUGUUGCACAAUAAUAAAACGUUCCUUUCACGUGUGAUUUUUUACUUACUCCGCAGACGGAAGACAUGUUCCAGGUUUUACCAAUGCUGGCCGAGGUUUUACGAUUGAGGGACUCUUCCAUGAUGUCUCUGGAACUUACAGGUUUGGUAACUAAGUACCCAGACAUGAGACCGGAGCAGCUGGUUAAUCUAUUAAUGUGUCGAGGCGAUCUCAGCCGAGCCGAUGCUAGACAGAUUGUGAGCGAUACUAUUGGAGAAGAUGAUCCUCAGAAAAAGCGACCACUGGGAAUUUUCACUGAAAUACCAAGCUAACUUUUUAAGUUUUAUCAAAUUCACUGAAAUAUCGAGCUAACUUUUUAAGUUUUAUCAAAAACUGUUGAUAAAAAUAAUUAAAUGACAAGCCUUAAAAUAUUGCCAUGAACAGAAAAAAAGUCUCAUUUUGUAAUAUUCAUUUAACGGCUUGUGCUGAUUUUUCCUCUGAAAAAAGAUAAUUUUAUAUGAUUGUAUGUUACACAUUUGUUUUAAUUUCUUCAUUUCUAUGAAAAAGUAUUUACUGUAUGCUUAUUUGCAAACUGCGAUGUGCAAUAUGAAUAACCAAUAAAUAUUUUUAAAAAAAGACAAACAUACAAAGAGUCUACAUU